AAUGUCUCAGGGUAUAUCAGUAUAGAUUGCGGCUUACAACCUAACAAGUCUAGUUAUUAUGAGGAGAGUACAGGCUUAAAGUACGUUUCUGAUGAGGCAUUCACAGACACUGGUGAAAGGAAGGUCGUAUCAAAAGAAUACCAAGAUGAUACGUAUGGCCCGUAUCGUUCUCUUAGAAGCUUCCCAGAUGGAGACAGAAAUUGCUACAAAAUAGGGGUCACAACAGGUACUAAAUAUUUGGUCCGAGCAAUAUUCCUUUACGGGAAUUACGAUGGUGAAGAUAUACCGCCGGCUUUCGACCUAUAUCUUGGAGCCAGUUUGUGGGAGUCAGUGUCGGACACUUCAAGUUCCGCAAUCAAUCUAGAGAUCAUACAUGUACCUCAAAAAAACCAUAUUCAUAUUUGCCUGGUGAAUACGGGCCAUGGUAUCCCAUAUAUAUCAGCAAUAGAAAUAAGGCCUUUGGAUAAUUCAACUUAUCAAGCUCAAACAGGAUCCUUGGCAUUGCUCGAUCGGCUUGACACUGGUGUCAGUACAUGGACCAGGUAUUAUGGAGAGGACAUGGAUGUUUAUGAUCGUCUCUGGUCUGCACAGAAAUAUGAUGAUUGGAAAGAAUUAAGCACAAAUCUACCCAUUGAUUCUGAAGAUCAAUCCGACCAUUAUAGCAUACCAUCACUAAUUAUGAGCACUGCUUUCACACCGAAAAACGAAGAAGCUCCUUUGGAAUUUCCGUGGACUGCAACUGAUGAAUUUAGUAACGGUACAUAUUAUUUUUACAUGCACUUUGCUGAAAUCGAACAACUCCAAGCCAACGAGUCUAGAGAAUUCAACAUAUUCUACAACGGUGAUCUCUUGUUUGGACCUGUUUCCCCAAAGCACUUGCAAAGAACAACGUUGCACGCCGAAACUCCAUUUUCGGGAUUUUACCAUAAUUUCUCAAUCCGCAAGACUGAAGCCUCAACUCAUCCACCCAUUAUCAAUGCCUUUGAGAUUUACACUGUCAAAGAAUUUUCAGAGUCUGAAUCUGACCAACAAGAUGUUGAUGCCAUCACCACACUCAAGUCAACUUAUGGAUUACGGAGAAACUGGCAAGGAGAUCCAUGUGCUCCUAAAAAGUAUUUAUGGGAAGGUCUAAAUUGUAGUUAUGAGAAUACUACCCCAAGAAUUAUAUCCUUAAACCUUGAAAACAACAACCUCAAUGGUCAACUUCCAGAUGAACUUAUUGAGAAAAGGGACAAAGGUCUUCUAACACUAAGUGUUGGUGGGAAUCCAAAUCUAUGUGCAUCAGUUUCUUGCAAAAAGAAAAAUUUUCUUGUUCCAGUUGUGGCAUCACUUGUCGGAACUUUUGUUCUUCUCUUAGCUGUCGCAGCAAUCUGGUGGGGUCUUGAAAGGAAAAGACAGCAUGUUGAUGCCAUCACCACACUCAAGUCAACUUAUGGAUUACGGAGAAACUGGCAAGGAGAUCCAUGUGCUCCUAAAAAGUAUUUAUGGGAAGGUCUAAAUUGUAGUUAUGAGAAUACUACCCCAAGAAUUAUAUCCUUAAACCUUGAAAACAACAACCUCAAUGGUCAACUUCCAGAUGAACUUAUUGAGAAAAGGGACAAAGGUCUUCUAACACUAAGUGUUGGUGGGAAUCCAAAUCUAUGUGCAUCAGUUUCUUGCAAAAAGAAAAAUUUUCUUGUUCCAGUUGUGGCAUCACUUGUCGGAACUUUUGUUCUUCUCUUAGCUGUCGCAGCAAUCUGGUGGGGUCUUAAAAGGAAAAGACAGCAUGGUUCAUCAAAGGCAAAAUCUACCUUUGGUCAAUAUUCAUCGGAGUACUCGACAAAACGGCAAUUUACAUACUCUGACAUACUAAGAAUUACCAACAAUUUUGAGAGAAUUAUUGGUAAAGGCGGAUUUGGAACAGUUUAUCAUGGUCAGAUAGGUGAUACUCAAGUAGCUGUGAAAAUGCUUUCACCGUCAUCUUUUCAAGGAUAUAAACAAUUUCAAGCAGAGGUCAGCGUUCUGCUGAAAGUUCAUCACAAAAAUUUAACAACUUUUGUUGGUUAUUUCACUGAUGAUCAAAACAACGCUGGGCUUGUCUACGAGUAUAUGAACAGUGGAGAUCUACAAUCUCAUCUCUCAG